AUGACGGACAACAUUGAUCGCCCGCUGAAAAUUGUCAUUAUCGGGGCAGGCAUUGCUGGCCUUGCUGCGGCGCUUGGACUACGCAAAGAAGGGCAUCAAGUGACACUUCUCGAAAGAUCAGAGCUGGCCAAGGAAGUCGGCGCCGCCAUCCACAUCGCCCCAAAUGCACAUGGUUUACUCAGAGAACUCGGCGUGUAUCCUGAGACAUUCGGUGCAAAUCCAGUCCAUGGACUUACUGAGUAUGAUGCGAAGAACGGAGCUCUUCGCAUGUCUGUGGACUUGAGAGAGCAAUUGAAAAUGUGGCAACAUCCUUGGGUAUUGUCACACAGAGUCCUGCUUCACGAGGCACUAAGAGAGCACAGUCUCUCACCUGAAGGGGCCGGCCCUCCAGCUAUCCUGAAGACCUCUGCAAAAGUCACCCACAUUGACCCUGAAACCGCGACUGUCACUCUAGAGGACGGAUCUGAAAUAUCCGGGGACUUGGUUCUGGGAGCUGAUGGGGCGAGUUCAGUUUCUAGGGGAGUAGUAGCUGGAGAAGGUUUGAAGCCAUUCGCAUCUGGAAAGAGUGCAUUUAGGUUUAUGAUACCAUGCAACGAGAUAUUGUCCGAUCCUGAAGCUGCUACUCUAUUCAAGGAAGGAUAUUUGUGCCUUUGGAUGGCUGAUGACCGAAGGCUAGUCAUGUAUCCCUGCUCCAACAACACGAUCAUGAACUUUGUCGGUAUUCACCCUAGCGCUCUCUCUGAGACAAAGAGAGCAGAAGGCUGGGAUAAUGGGGCAAGCAAGGAGGCCUUGCUUAAAGUGUAUGAAGAAUUUGGGCCUAAGGUGCAAGCAUUGCUCAAGCUGGCAGACGCUUCCUCUCUGAAGAUUUGGACUCUUCUAGAUAUGGAUCGAAUCCCAAGAUGGUUCAAAGGAAAACUUGCUCUUCUUGGUGACGCUGCUCAUCCAUUUCUACCCCGGUCUGUGGCUAUCGAGGACUCUGCUUCACUUAUUGCAUUACUUCCAAGGGGAACCAACCCAGCAGACCUUCCUGAACGAUUAGCUCUAUACGAAAAGAUAAGAGAUAAAAGAGCUCAUGAUAUCCAAGAGUUCACCCGUCGGAUGGGUGCUGAUAUAAACGAUGAAACUCGAGGCAAAAUAAACAUCAUGGAAUUCGUGAAUUACAACUAUGGCCAUGACGAGUUCCACAAUUCCAGACAUGAGUUGAAGAAACUAUUAAGUUCAAAGAAUGGGCCCACCUACCUUCGCCAGCCGAUUGCUUUUGGUCCGUCGCCCAGCCCAAGGCAAGAUCACUUUGGACGGACCUACUCUUCGGAAGAUGCAACAUUUACCACCUACACCAUCAGGUUUAAAACUUCGGCAACGUAUUUGAAGAAUUUGUUCCCGGAAGGUGUAUUCAGCUUUGAAUCACCGGGCACUGUUGCAGAAGCUACCCUCCGCGCGACCGAGCUACACAAUCUACCAUGGCUAGGCGGCGGCGGCUACUGCUUCGUUGGACUAUGGAUUCAUGGAGUCCAACACGUGAAGAGGGAUGGCACAAAAGUCCUGGGGUCCUUCAUCCCCAUUCUCUUUGAGAAUUUGUCCGACCCCAUCCUCACUGGAAGAGAUGAACUGGGAAUGCCAAAAUUACACUGCGAUAUUGAAAUAAGGAAAAACUCUGGUCGGACGAAGAUCUUUUGUGCUUGGAGAGGUGCAGAAUUCCUCGACAUGACUCUAGGCUCUGCCCCGGCUGGAACAAACGGUGUGAUUCCCAAUGGUGUCGAUGAAGCCUCAAGGCAGGGGUCGGAGGACAAUCAGUUUGUUUAUCGAUACGUGCCAUCGGUGGGAAAACCUGGAGAGGCUGACGCUGAAUAUCCGGCAAUCAUCCCCAAGCCUACCAAUUCUCCAACAGUUGUCCAUCGGAUGAGGCAUGGAGAUACGAAAGAUUCUGGCAUUGAAUUUACACCAGGAAAUUCGGAAACAUUCCCCACUAUCCACCACAUUACUUCGUUCUUAGCUGCCAUGCCUAUUUCAAACAUUCUUGAGACAAAGACUGUUGAAGGAAGAGGCUUGGACGACCUGUCUAGGGUUCAAAGGUUGUAG